AUGGGUGACUAUCCAAAUGCACUUUCAUAUUAUCAAAAAGCUCUGGAAAUUGGACGAAAAACUCUUCCUUCAAGUCAUCCUAGUUUAGCUAAUUCUUACAACAACAUUGGUUCGGUGUAUGAUAGCAUGGAUGACUAUUCAAAUGCACUUUCAUUUCUUCAAAAAGCACUCGAAAUUAAACAAAAAUCUCUUCCAUCAAAUCAUCCUGAUUUGGCUCAAUCUUACAACAGUAUUAGUUUGGUGUAUAACAACAUGGGUGAGAAUUCAAAUGCACUUCUAUUUUUUGAACCAGUUGUUGAAAUAGAACAACGCUCAGUACCAUCGGAUCAUUUUGAUCUUCAACUAUGGAAGAAGAAUCUCGAAUAUGUGAAAAAGAAAAUGUAA